ACGAAGCAGUAAUGAUCGAAACAAGAACACAUUAGUGUCUAUGCAACGGCAAACGUGUCGUUGCAUAAAUUUCCCUAAUAAUAUCCACGAAGAAAAUUAAAAUGCAGAAGAAAAAUGAUAAUGAAGAUAACUUUACUGAACAAAAUGGUGUGAGCGUUCAUAAAGACAUGUUACCGCCCAUACUAACAAAAUCUAUUGAUAAUAUAAUCAAGAAAGAAGGUUACAUAACGUGUAACUUUAACAACAAAAUUAUAUCAACCAAUGGAGGCAGCUAUUUGGGAACAUUGUACGAAGUCAAGCUCAAGGGGAAGACAGCAAAAGGUAACAAGGAAACAAAUAUAUUUAUAAAACACAUCAUACCACAAAAACAAGAAGACAUAUUUUCAGUAACAGAAGCAUAUUUCAAAGAAUCGUUUUUUUAUAAAGAAAUUACUAAAGUUUUCAUGAAAUUGCAAGAUGAAGCUGAAGUGCCAAAUGAAGACAGAUUGAAAAUGGUAAAAAGUUUUGACGAUACCAAUACUGAAUUGAUAUGCCUUGAAAAUAUGGCCGUCGAUGGUUAUAAGACAUUAAACAGAAUGGAUGUUCUUCCACUUAAAUUUGCAGAGCUGUCAAUCAAACAACUUGCUAGUUUCCACGGCUUAUCUUUAGUUCUAAAAAUCAAACAGCCAGAGUAUUUUGAUAAAAAUUUGAAAGUUUUUAAGCAGUUCUUUUCUUGCAAUGACGAUUGGAGAGCAUUUGUUAAGAAUAUGGUUGAGCAGUCCUGUCAAAAUUUAAAUGAAGAAUGUAAGAAAAAGGUGAUGGAUUUUUUACCAAGUUAUUGGGCCAAGUUUCCUCUCUAUAUGGAAGACUCUUCGAUGCCUGGAUGCACGAUUUGUCAUGGUGACUACAGACAGAAUAACGUCCUCAUGAGGGAAGUUAAUGGUGAAAUCACAGAAGUAGUACCAGUGGAUUAUCAACUCCUAUACUACGGAAAUCCUAUCAACGAUUUCCUCUACUUCAUUUUCACAGCGUCUGACAGAGAAUUCAGAAAAAACCAUCUCGAAAACCUAAAGAAUCUUUACUACAUUUCUUUGGAGAAAUUUUUGAAAUAUUUCAACUUGGAUUUGCAAAGUUUUUACCCGAGGAACGAGUUUGAGAGGCAAUAUAAGGAGAGGUUUGAUUAUGGGCUGAUGAUGGCUUUAUUUUCAGCGCCAUUUUGUUUUACGGUGGAAGACCAGGUGCCUAUGAUAGGGGAACAAAAGAUGAAGGCGGUGACAUUUGUCUUAGACCGGCGGAUUGAUGAGAGGAUUCAGGGUGUUGUUGAUGAUUAUAUACAAUGGGGGUACUUAUAACAACAUUAACAUAUACACCCCACUGCUGGGCACGGGCCUCCUCUCCCUUCCGAGUGUCGAGGGGACGGGGGAGGGGAUUAAUUUAAUAUAAGAACUAUCAAAAUUGAGAUACGACUUUUGUUGUAUACUCUGGACACUUACACAAUAAAUACAUAAUAGCUCCUUCUUCUUCUUCUUCUUUUUAUCGUGUCGAUGGCAAACUAAAUUGUAUCGGCCCAAAACUUGGCAACAAGUAUGGCGCUAUCUGCAGCGCUCAUCAGAUCGAUUCCUGCAGACACAUCCUAAGCGAGAUGCCUAUUUUAUUCGCCCAGGUUAUUCAUUCUAGUUAAAAUUAACAGUUGUCAAUCGUUCGUCCCUGUCCUUUUCGGCAGAUAAAAAAAUGACAGGUAUAACUUAAAAUAAGUAGACGGUGUGUACUGCAAUCAGCACCAAUAUAAAUUAUAUUUUACAUUAUAAUUAAAUAAAUAAUUAUACAACGAACGACGAUUACUACAACGACCAACCAACGAUUAACCGACCAACUAUUAUUUUAUUAUUUUUUAUUAAUUAUAUUUUUUAUUAUUAUUAUUAAGUAUUAAUAAUUUUAGAUAGCGGAAUUACUUAGAGUAACGAAAUAAAAUAUCUUUAACAUUACUGUAAUCAUAAUUAAAACACAUAAUAACGGGUUCUUACCGCGUUUAAAUGGGGAUAUGAGACUCCCGAUAUUUCGACACUGUUGCAAGUGCCAUGAUCACGGGAUGACUGAUGAGAUUGGAGUGGAGUAGGUAGAUCCAUAAUUUUCUACCUGUGUUUUAAUUAUGAUAAUAACCGCGUAAACUUAAAACAAUGUAUUACUGUAAUCGUUUUAAUAACAAACAUACAUACACUCACGCCUAUUUCCUACCGGGAAAAGGAGUGUCUGUGGAAUCCAUUUGCUUCGAUCCUGACACACUUCUCUUGCUUUCUCCAUAUUCAUUUAAAGUUUUUUGUGAUUGUAUAUAUUUAUUUAUCAAUGUUCUAGAACUAUACAGUAAUGUAUACCUACGUUGAUAUAAAAGAUGUGUUGCUGUA